AUGACCGAACGCUUCGUUAGUGCCGCCGAGCUAAUGGCCCAGGUCUUAGGGGCCCCCGAGUACCGUUUCGUGACAAUCGAACACCCCAUCAGCAGUGCGUCUACCGACAGCCUGGCCCGCAGAGCGGUAGCCGCCGCCGAUCAGCUCCAGUGCUGCAAUCUGGCAUGGGCGGUGUCGCUGGAUCCGAUCUGGCGGCCGCGGUGUCAAACGCGGGAGGACUGGGCGUGUUGGGCUGCGCUGCGACUCCGACCCGAUCAGGUGCGCACCGCAAUCAGCGAGAUCCGUGACCAGACCGAUCAGCCCUUUGGCGUGAACAUCUGGUUGCACGACGAUGUGCGAACGCCGCCUGAUCCCGACGCGAUUCCCGACGACAUCAUUCGCGGCUCCCAGCGCGUGCUCAACGAGUUCCGACCACGCUUCGACCUUCCAGCAACAGUUGCCCGACCCGAAGCGGGUCCUGAUCUCGUCAACGCGGCCCUCGAAGCGGCCCUCGUUAAACGUUUCCAUGACGUGGGCACCAAGGUCGUGGCCAUGGUGGCCACCGUCGAGGACGCGAUUGCUGGUGUCGAUAACGGCGCCGAUGUGAUCGUGGCCCAAGGCACCGAGUCGGGUGGCCAUCGCAGUUAUGGCACCAAGCAGCCCAAGGUCGGCGACCGCGUUCCGGUGGUGGCCGCCGGAGGGAUUGUCGACGGUCGGGGCCUGGCGGCCAUGCUGGCGCUCGGCGCCGAUGGAGUGCUGCUUGGCAGUCGCUUCGUUGCCACCAAGGAGUCUCUGGCGUCGCCCGUCUGGAAGCAACGCAUGACCACAGGCGAACGCAGCACAACCCUGACCGAUGGCUUCACGGGACAAUGGGCCCGGGUGUUGACUAGCGAGUUCACCGAACGUUGGCAGGAAUCUAAGGCGCCUACGCCACCAGGCUUGUUGCAAUCGGCGCUUGGGGGCGACGUCUUCCGCGCUGCAGCCAAGGUCGACGACGAUCAGCUUCGGCCGUUGUACGCCGGUGCCGGCGUCACCGCGAUGCACGACAUUCCCGGUGCCGGCGAGGUCGUAACCCGAAUCGUCGACCAGGCUCGCGACCAGUUGCGGUCAGUCAUCUAA